UUUGACAUCACUGCUCCCACGUGUUCUCCUCCGUCCAGCGUCCGCGGAGCCCUGUCGCGACCCUCCGCUCCCAGCGUCGACCCUCACCGCAGCCCCACCGCUUCGUGCUGGUGUCCGAUGCGAGGGCCUGUGAUUAAGUAAGAAAUCAGACCUCAUGAGACAUUCAAGCAAAGGCUGGUCUAUUUUUCAGAAGAGAAAGGAAACUCAUGCAUCAGAACAGGUGACUAAUAAACAUACCAAAGAAUAUGGCUGCACAACUACCAGAAUCUGAUCAAAUAAAACAGUUUAAGGAAUUCCUUGGAACCUACAAUAAACUUACAGAAACCUGCUUUUUGGACUGUGUUAAAGACUUCACAACAAGAGAAGUGAAACCUGAAGAGGUUACCUGUUCAGAACAUUGCUUACAGAAAUAUUUGAAAAUGACACAAAGAAUAUCCAUGAGGUUUCAAGAAUAUCAUAUUCAGCAGAAUGAAGCCCUGGCAGCCAAAGCAGGCCUCCUUGGCCAACCACGAUAGACAAGUCCUGGUGGACUUUGACUGAAAGAUUGCCAGCAGCUGUUGCACUGGAAAUGAGGAUUCAUCUGGCAGAAUCCUGAGAACAGCCAGAGCCAUUCUUACACCGUCUGAUCUGACUACCUGAGGAAUGGAAACCACUGGAGAAACAAAAUCACUCUUCACCAGAAACAAUCCAGUAGAUGGUCUUGUUGUUAAGCGGAAGUGAUACAAUGCCACAUUAUUAUGGCCUUGAGACUCAGCUGCUUGAUCACUUUGAUUAGGAAAAUAAACCAUUGUUUCUUUACUUGUGACUGUUAAUUUUAAAGUAAACUAUGUGUCCAAUCGUGUAUGAGACAAAAACCAUUUAUUACUAAAAGUAAAAUAAAUGAAAGUAUCACUGA